AUGGCGUCGAAAGUUGACGCUCGGCUUUUGAAGUCGACCAAAUUUCCCUCAGAGUUCAGUCAAAAGGUCGACAUGCAAAAGGUCAAUCUGCAGGUCAUGAAAAAGUGGAUCGCAAACAAAAUCUCUGAUAUCCUAGGCACUGAAGAUGAUGUUGUUAUUGAGCUCUGCUUCAAUCUCAUCGAGGGCACACGCUACCCUGACAUCAAGUCCCUUCAGAUUCAACUCACUGGAUUUUUGGACAAGGACACCGCGCUUUUUUGCAAAGACCUAUGGAUGCUGCUGCUGAGUGCCCAAACCAGCCCUCAGGGUGUGCCCAAGGAACUUCUCGAGGCGAAAAAGCUGGAGCUGAUGCAGGAAAAGAGAGAUGCUGACAAGGCUGCCGACGAUGCUCGCAGACGCCGCGAUGAUCUUGAUCGUCGGGACCGUGGAAUUUCGGACCUGAAGGAACGAGACCGACGUGACAGGGCAAACAACCGCGCUGAUACUUGGCAGGGCGACCCGAUCACCACAAUCGCGGAUCGCGAGACCAAUAUGGCCGCGACCGUGACAGAUACGUCCCAAACGAUCGCCAGGGACGGAGAAGAGACCGAGACCGUCGUCGACAUCGACCGCGAUCACAUUCGCCAGAAAAAUCCUCACGUUCGAGGUCACGCGACAGGAGCGCAUCUGGUAGCACCGCUAGCAGCAGAUCCAGCUCUCCUCCACGCCGGAGAGCUUCGUCGCCAAGGCGCCCUGGAGGUCGGAAGCGGUCCAGAUCGCCAAGAGGAGAUGCAUACCGUCCAAGGCAUGACCGACGUCGCUCCAGUUCUUCCCGUCAAUCUCGGUCUGUGUCGUCGGACCGCAGUUCACCCGCUCGAAAGAGGAGGAGGGAACAAUCGGAGUCACGAAGCAGAUCGCCGCCACGUCGAAGGCGCACAUCAUCAUCUCAUGGUUCAAGCAGUCGGUCUAGAUCUCGCAGUCGUGAUAAAAGCUCUCCAGUAA